AUGGCCAUGACUCUCCGCAGCGUCGUUGCCUUGGCUCUUGUGGCCUUCGCCGUGACCGAGGACAUCCCCCAAGAUGCUGCGCCGGCACUGGAAGCCCUGCCCCAGAGCUUUUGGGACAACUUCGUCUACUGCAAGUGCGGCCUUUCCUGUGCAGAGAAGGAUGGCUCCAUCGGCAAGGCAUGCGGCUGCCUGGUAUGCCCGGAGAGCAACGGCACUUCCCUGCGCGGCAGUCAGCCCGCCCAUGCCGGUGAGAAGGCUGCGGUGAGUGCUGAGACUGCGCAGGCGCCAGAGCGGCAAGGCACACCCGUGGCACUGGAGAAGAGCCUCGGCUCCUCCGGCUGGGACCUGCCAUCCGUCAGCCCUGUCUCUUGCCCCUGUGGCAAGUACUGUGCGAAGGGACGCAUUCUCGGGCUAUGGAACUACUGGUGCUUCCGCUACGAGUGCAAGUCCUGCUGA